GGUGAUUUGGGGCAGAUGGCAGCACUAUCCACGAGACGAAAUAAGUAUUUCAUAUAAAUAAUGUCGCUAGGUGGCACGCCAGACCCCACCAGAUGUCAGCAAAGUAGCACCUUUGUUGGAAUGCCCGAGCUGACCCUUUACAUUUUCAUUUGACAAUCGACCUCCUAUCACAGAAUAAUAUUUUGGCGUCCGAAAUGUGUUUUAUGCAUCCAACGACUUGAACGUAGCUUCACAACCACGCCUGACAUUUCUGCACCCUGCGGGGUACUACGGGCUCGGCUCGGGACCUUUUUGAAGACAACAGACGGCUACCGGUGCAAACCCGACUGCCUUUCUGAAACCUUUGCAAGAAGCAUCCGCAGUCCGCACACCUUGCAAUGGAAUGGAUAUGGAGAUUGCUAGAACGGGAGAUUCUACGGACACGGACCCUCCAACUACAUGCAGCAGUCAGCACUCAGGCAAAGGUGGCAUAUCUAAUGAUUGCGUUCCUUGUAGGCUGCUGCUAUCUCGGGACCCGUUCCGCCCGUGCUAGCCAAAAUAGUUUCCUGGGCACGCCCCUGCCCACGGUGGAGGUGUCCAAUCGAGCAGGGGGCGGGGCGGUGCGACGCAGGCGGCCGUCGCUCGCGGGGCGAUGCCGGACGGGCCGGUGCCAGAUCGUGUUGGUGGGUUCUUAGUUUAGCGAUCAAUCUGUGUGGACAAUGAAAUGAUUCCAUAGUUACUUGUGAAAGCUAGAACAUCUGGUGGCAGCAGAAUUACUUGGCAGGCUUAUACAAUCUGAUGGACAAGAGAGUUGUUGAAUGCAUUCAAAUAAUUUAGUUGGCAUGUUGUUGCCAACAGGGUAUUUGGCAGUUUGUUAUUUUAGCGUGUUUUGUUUUGACGCAUUUGCGAGUGUGGAGGUGGUGCCGCUCCAUCUUGAUUGUGAUACUUUGGGUAUAAGUGCAUUUGUUAACUAAUGUUUUAGUGUGAUCUCGUCGCGCUCUGAUAGUGAAUUGAAUAAAUACCUCACUUGCAUUUGAAUAGCCUUGGUAGAGGCUCCUCUGGCCAGUUCACAAAAUAAUGGGAGCUUGAGGCUGGGGCGCUGUGCCAUGGAUACGGUUUUGUCAGGUGGGCCUGACAAUAUGCUGUGUAGGUGCUGCCAGUCGUCUCCGGUGGAAGGCACCGAGGCAGCGGUCUCCUCUGAUUCAGCGUUUGGCGUGACUCCAAACACCAAAGAUACACAUAAUAUCUCAAUGGUCCACUGCAAUAAUUCAGGGCAGUCUGUCAACCCGGUGGCGGUAGAUCGCUCUCAUCCACCGGUAGCGCCGGUAGCGCGUUCUACCGCUCUCCAGUGUGAGCCUGGGUCAGACGCAGGGGUACCGUCGGAGUCGACACUGCCCCGGCGAACGGCCUCCUCCACCGGCGCUACUGAGACGAUGGGUGACGCUGCUCCGUCAGCAGCGGUAACAACAACAACAACAACGGCAGUAACAACAGCACCGGCGGCCAGCACCGACUCCCACCCCGAGUACGACGGGGUUGGGGUGUCGGCGCCGACCGUGCCCGGUCCAUCCGGAGCUCCGGCCCGUGCGGGCCCGCUCCCCCCUGUGAUACCUCCUCCGUCCAUGAGUGCUACCGACCCCUCCACCGUGCCAGCCAAGCUGAGUCCGUCUGCGGCCGCGGCCGCGCUGGCCACCCUGCAGCGUGUGCCGCCGCGCGGUCCCGCCUCCACCGCCGGCUGGCGUCUGCCGCGCUGGGCCCGGCUGGCAGGCGGAGGCGAGAGCACUGGCAACAAUGGCACGGGCGGCUGGGGCGCACCGCCGCCGGCCGCCGCCACCGCCGCCGCCGGCACCACCAACUGGGGUCAGCCGGGCCCGCCUCCGGGCCAGUGGGGCGGCGCUGGGCGGCCGACCGGUGCCGCCCCGCCGCCCGCCGGCGCCGCGCCGCCCCCGCCCGGAGCUGCGGGAGGAGCCGCCAAGAACGGCGCCGUGCCGGAGUCGGCGGGAGGGGUGCCGCAGCCUCAGCCGGGAGCUACGGCCGGUCAGAGAACCGCCCAGACGGCAGCCGAAGGCUCCUCCUCGGGCAGUAACGGCAGUGGCGGCGGCGGCUCGGCCGUCUCGCCCGCCGCGCCGGCCGCUCCGCAGGGCGGCGGCGCCGACACCUCCGACCUGGAGCGUCUGAAGGCGAUGAGAGCGGCCAUCACGGCGACGGAGGGCUGGUCCAGCAGUCAGGUCAACCAGGACAGUGUGUGGGACAUGCCGGCCAGCCCCGAGCCGGCCGAUAAGGAGCCGCCGGGCACGAUGGUCGCCUGGAAAUUGCCAGGAGUGAACAACGGUCUGGAAGUGUGGCAAAUGUCCACCCGUAACGGCGGAGCUCCGCCCGUGAAGCCGCCAGAGACCCAGUGGCCGCACCAUAUCCCCCAGUCCAACAUCGGGGGAACCUGGGGCGAGGACGACGACUCACAGCCGGGCGGUAUGUGGACGGGUGCCCCUGCCGGCCCGCCCACUGGACAGUGGGGCGGCGCCACGGGCGGGGGCGGAGGCGGCGGCGGCGGAGCGGCGGCUCUGUGGGCGGCUGGAGCCCGGAAGGACGACUGGGGAGGUGGCAAGCCGUGGGACGCGCGCGGACCCGCGCCCAACGGAGACGGAUGGGGCAGCAAGCCUCCGUCUCAGUGGGGCGGACCUCCCCAGCACGGGCCCGGACAGUGGGGCGACGAACGGUCACCGCCGAUGGCCCGCCGAUCCAUGGGCUUCGACGACUGGGGCAACAAGCGCGGUGGCGGGGGCGGCGGCUGGAAGGACGCCGGUCCCGUGCGUCCCGUGCUGCCGGGCGGCCCGCCCGCUCCCCUACACAUGCUCUCCCGUAUGCCUCCCGACCACAAGGGCGUCGACCCGUGGGGCCGACCGCCGCGCGGCGGCUGGGGCGAGCCGGCGCCCGGCCCGGCCGGCUGGGGCGCCGAGGAGAAGUGGGGAGGAGACGGGCCGGGAGGAUGGGGUAAACCCAAGACGCCCACCACGCCGGUGAUGCCCGGAGCCUGGGGAGAGCCCGAGAUGGACUGGGCGGCCAAGGGCCGCGGACCGGCUGGCGGCAUGGGACAUGCCAAGAACCCAAUGUACGACAAGGCCCGCAUGGGAGACCACGGAUUUAAGCAUGACGACGUGGACCCGAUGAUGCGCAACAACAUGAUGUUGACGCUGGAGGACGCCGUGGACCAGCUGCGGAUGGGAGGCGGAGCCGGAGGAGCCGGGGGUCCGGGCGGGCCCGCAGGGGACUGGCGCACACCGGACCACCCGCCCUUCGAGCCGGCCGGCUUCUCGCAGAUGCCGCCGCCGCACGCGCCCUAUGGUGGUGUACAGCUGCCCGCUGCUGGGGCUCCGGCGGCCGGUAACAUCAACCCGGCGGUGGUGCAGCAGCUGCUCCGGCAGCAGGCUCAGGGCGGCCAGCCGUCCCGGUUCCCGGGUCAGCCGCCGCAGCCGUCCCCACAGCAGCUGCGGCCGCUCAUCAACCAGAUCCAGAUGGCCGUGCACGCCGGACAUCUGAACCCGGCCAUACUGCAGCAGCCGAUGGCGCCGCAGACGCUGGUGCUGCUCAACCAUCUGCUCAGUCAGAUCAAGCACCUGGACCAGCUGAGUCGUCAGGUGCACCUGGCCCGCGGCCACCCCAACAACUCGCCCCACCUGCACAGUCUGCAGAUGGAAAUGAUGAGAAUAAAAAACAACAUCUCCAAUAUACAGGCCCAGAUAUCCAGCCAGCAGACGAUGCUACUGAAGCAGCAGCAGCAGCCGCCCCCUGCGCCGGCGCCGAUGGCGGCCGCGGCGGCCGGCGGCGGACAGCUCCUCUACAAGGGACCGGGCGGCGGCGGAGCGCCCGACCUGCACGGACUACCGGCUAAUCUGGGAGAGUUGAGCAUUCGCGACGGCGGCGUGGCGGCUGGACACAUGCCGCAGAGUCGCCUGAGCCAGUGGAAACUGCCGACCGCCGAUAAGCUCCUGCGUGGUGACGAGGACUUCUCUCGCGCGCCGGGCUCCGCCAGCAAGGCGGGCGGCUCUCCGCCCAUGACCCUGAUGGCCGAGAGUGCCUGGUCAGCGAGCCGCGGCGGUAGGGACGGCGGGUGGCCGGACGGGUCGGCGGGCCGCGGCGGUGGCGCGCCCUCCACACCGGCGUCUGACAGACAGGACAGCAAGGACGGCUGGCCCGAGAGCGCCGGGGGAGCCGGGGGGCACAGCUACGCCGACCUGGUGCCCGAGUUUGAGCCGGGAAAACCGUGGAAGAUGAAGUCCGCGGACGACGAUCCUACCCUGACGCCGGGCGCUGCCGCACGCUCGCCGCUGGGACUGGCCGGAGCGGCCGGAUCCAGCCAGGACCUGCUGGCCAUGCAGACUGGCAAGGCGUCGCCGACCGCCACCACGGCAGACGGAUUCGGCAGCUCUACCUGGAGCUUUAAUCCGAACGGCGGCAAGCCGGGCAUGUCUGCCGGCGGCGGUGGUGGCGGCGCCGACUGGGGCGUCAAGUCGCGCGGUCCGCCGCCCGGCCUGAACAAAACGGGCGGCUGGGGCGGCGGCCAGGCCGGCGGAGCUCUGGGUCGGCCCGGGGGACCGUACGACCAACGCUCGGCGUUCGCGCAGGUCCAGGGCGGUAGCUACAGUGGCGGUGGAGGCGGAGGAUCGGCCUGGCUACUGUUGAGGAACCUGACCGCGCAGAUUGACGGCUCCACGCUGAAGACGCUGUGUAUGCAGCACGGCCCGCUGUACACGUUCCACAUGUAUCUGAGCCAGGGCGUGGCGCUCGUCAAGUACAGCUCUCGCGAGGAGGCCGCCAAGGCCCAGGGCGCGCUCAACAACUGCGUGCUCAGUAACACCACCAUCCUGGCGGAGGCCGUCUCCGACGAGGCUGCUGGUCAGGUCCUCCAGCAGCUGGGUCUUCCCGGCGGCGGCGGCGGAGGCGGUCAGCCGCCGUCCAACCCGGCCAGUUCGACCGCCAGCCAGGGCGCGGCUACCGGAGGCCAGAGUGGGUCCAAACCGCCCGCCUCGGCCGCCUGGAGUGAUAUGACGGACGCUAUUGGCGGCGGCGGCGCCAGCAUGGCUUGGAGCAGCAGCUCGGCCGCCGGGAACAGCUCCCUGUGGGCGGCCUCCGGAGGUCUGGAGGAGCCCGGUCGCGGGCCGUUCCUGCCAGACGGGCUGCUCUAGAUGAGCUGCGGAACACCCCUGAGGACCCCCGGGACCGGUGAGGAUCCCUGGGAUCCGUGAGGAUCCCUGUGGGUCGGAGGAACCGGGGUGUUCUCAGGGAUGCAGUUCCUCGAGGGAAACUUCUGAUAAAUGGAUUCAUCUCAAAGAAGAUCAAAGACAGACAUGCCAUGAACUUGACACGGAUGACAUUAUCUUGACCGGAGGAGUAUUAAAAAGUUGAGUGAUGCCAAACGCUGAUAAGGAGAACUCAAGAGCUGCGUUUGAGGUUUAACCUGGCAGCCCUAGCGGUCUGAUACGCCAAACCAGGACAAACUUGAAAGAGGAGAGUCACUGUUACAAAUGCGUCGAGUUGACGCGUAUGUGAGUGGUUAAGCCAGCUAAGUUGAUCCAGUUUGGUGCGCAGUUGCGUACUGGUGAAUCUGCUGUGCUACCACCUUGCUACACGCUACUGUUGCUGCUACACGAAGCCAGAUGAGCGGCCCGGCCGCGAGCUUUGCUACACGGCGGAGACGAGACGACUAUAGCGUUUAAGGUAUGUGUUCAGAGUAGGAUUAAGUCCACCGCGUGGCCCGGCCGAAAGAGGCCGGUCUCCAUAAGUUUUAGUGACGGUGGAAAUCGCUCAUGACCAAUCAGGCUUCUCUUUCGACGCAUGCGCCCUGUGAUUUGAUCGUGUCCGUGAUUUCGAUCGAGUAGUAUCGGUCUGUGAGGGUUAUUUUGGUCAUAUCAGCGCCUGGGCGCUAAUGGAGCUCAUCGGGCCGUCGCGGGUUCGAAUCCGGCUGGUGGUAGAAGUUUUGUGGUGAUGGUGCGCUCAUGCGGCCUUCCGAGCGCGCUAAGGUGUCCCCGGGUGGAGUUGUAGACCCGCCCAAGUGUUAGUGCCAGUGCUUCGUCGGCAGCUUCCCGCUCCACCCCCUCCCUUUCUCCCCGCCCCCACCCCGCCUGAGCCGAGGUCCCUGAGCGAGUCCGGCGGGCCGCCGCCGCCGCCGCCGCGCGCCGGCCCCGUCGUGUGAUAUUAGCGUGUAAGGAGCGGCAGAGUCUGCCCGUCUUGCCCGGGACCGGCUGUGUCGUUCAAACUCUUCCGCCGGUCGACCCCACGCCAAAGACGCGGUCACCGGUGACGAUAGAGGGAGAGAGCGAGUGAGAGUGCGAGAGAGCGAGUGAGUGCGGGAGUGAAGCGACCGUGUCGCGCAGAGUACAAACAAACAGUCAUUCAGGGCGCGGGCGCGCCGCCAGUGCCAUCUCUCGGACCAAUCCGCAACUGCUGCUAUAGGUGGCGCCACAAGCAGUCGGAGACGCUUUAACCGAUCUUUUCUCAGGCACAGUGGGGGAGUUUCUUGCAGAAUGUGGCGGUGCCGUCUGGGCCAGUGCAAUAGUCAGGGCCGGGCGGCGCGAGCGGCGGGGAGGACCCGCCCCCGCCCCCGCCCCCGCCCGGGCGGCGCCGGGGCAGCGGACCUCAGUGGCUCAAGGAGCCAUCUUCCUAUCUAGGUUAAGUUUGGGAGGCGCGGCGGUUCGAACCCGGGAGGGAGGGGGAUCGCAGGCGCCCGGCGGGUCAGACUCUGAUUUGAAAACCUUGCGUUGUUGAAUUUGUCUUUCUAUUUAAAAGCUGUUUGGGUCUUCUGCAGGCUUUUUAUCAUUCAGGAUCUGAAAAUCCGUUUCCUUUCUUAUCUGUCGCAUUGUCUUUCAUCGAGUUAGCUCAAUCAUGCUCCAAAAAUGUCUUCACUUAUCAUUGUGUCCUAUCUCUUUCUAUAUCUCAGCUAGGUACGUCUUUCAUCUCGCUCAUUGUUAUUCUCAACAGUAUUCGUUUCUUCAUGUUCCUGCACAGUGCACACUUUUCUUCAUUUCUUUAAGAGUUAACUCUUUGAAGUUCUGAGAAAUCAGUAAAAUCUCGUCGUCACUCGUGUUUCUUUUUCCGUAUCAGAGCUUGUGUCCGCCGGGCUGCCUCGUCCGUGCGGUGUCGAACGCCGCGUCUCAUCUGGGAGUUCGGCGCCGUGGCGAGCGGUGCGGGACGGCCUACUGGACGGCUCCGAGACCUCGGGUACCCCUGACCCUGACUCUAGCACCCCCCCCCCCCUCCUCCUCAGACCCGCUGCUACGUGGCGAAAUACCCUGGUCCAUAAACCAUGCACGAUCGUCUCGCUCCAGUGAUUAUUUAGAUGUGUCGUCAUCUACGUCAGCCGUCAUCUACGUCUAGAUGUACGUCAGCCAUGGCAUUUUGAUCUAGCCCCAGCAGAAUCUCUAUGGGUUGUUGUAUUAUGUGCUUGUGUAUGUGCUUGUCGUCCGCUCGUCUCGUUAAUUUGCCUGCCGUUGGCUGGCUAAACCUUCCCCACUUCUGAUUCCCUGCCAUGGGCAUUUGCCUAGUUCUUUUUUCCUACCAUGCUACAAUGGUAGCCCGUUUGUUUCUGAUUCUCUGCCAAUGCUUGCAGCAGAGUUCCCUCAAUGGUAGAGCUCCGUGUGCCGUGCUCGCGGUAGUGUAUAAUCCACUGACAUCGACUGCGCGGAGGAUCCCUUUCUCGGGUGGCCCGAGGCUGUAUUGCUGUUUUUCAGCUGAGCAUCAAACAGAGCUGGCUAUAUAUGUGUAACGAGACGCCAAUUCACCGCGAAAAUUAUGUCCCGUGCUGAUUUUAUGUCGUGUGUUUUUGCCCGCUGUGUGUAUGUUUGUUUGUUGGUGUGUGUUGCGCUCCGCGAUGUUUGGUGACUCCGUGUAGGGAGAGUUAAUGUGGUAUUGGGUAGUGACCCGCGCCGUUACCGACCAUUCGACCGAGCUGUGUCGUUAUUCGUCAGUCGGCGGCGUGUCCUAGAGUCUUUGUAGCCACCGCGGCCUCCCCCGCUUGCCUCCCUCCAGUUUCUGUUGCCUUGCGUCGCGCGUGCGCGCGGCAGGCCUUCCUAUUGGCUCAGAGUCGGAGUGCGAGUCUGUGAUUGGCCGACGCGGUUAGCGUGGCUGCCUGUGAUUGGUCGCAUCGCCUCGAGCGAGCUUCCCGCCCAGUACAAACCCUUACUUAAGCGUGACGCCAAGUGGUGUUUUUGGAAGUAAUCGAAAAGCUACAAAUCUCAAAACAAAAGUAUAAACGCCCAAAUUCUGUUCUCCUGGCGGGAGCGGCUCGCAGGGUAGUCUCAAUUGUAUCCAGUGAUGUGAAAAACGUGCGUUUGUGUGUGAGGGUGCGCUCCCCGCGGAUACCGGUGCACGGUUUUCGAUGGUGCACCCGCGGCCAUUGCGCACUCAGGUGGGGUCGCGCGCCGUCCCGCCAGUUGCCAUGGCAACUGCCGCGGACUGUAAGCCAAAAGCGCGCCAGCGGCUGCCGCCCUUGACCCAAACCUAGCCGUUUGUAUGUGCGUCUGCGGCACUGUCGAGAGUGAGAGAAUGACCUUUGUGAUAUGGCUUAGUCUCUGCAGGUGGCGUACUGUACGCCGGUCGUGUUACGAUAUGUGACGCCAUGUGACGAUAUGUGACACUCUGUGACGGUGAUCAGGGGUGCGUCGGGGGCGCGCGGUCGCGGAGGUCAGCCCGAGCUAGGUCAUGUAGCUCGCAGGUCAGCUUGAGCCAGGUCAUGUAGCUCGAGAUCGCUUCAAAACACCGCUGGAAAACGUCUGACCGCCGCGCCGCAACCCCCCGACGCCGCUCUCUCAAAUGUGAAAAUGACCACAGAAAACCACUAAAAAUGCUAGGUUAAGGUUUUAGACUAAGUAUUGUACGCCGAGCGCGUCGCCGUAGAGAUGUGUUCUUCUAUGCAGGUCUAGGUGUUGGGUAGUGGUUGUACCGUCGCGUUGCUGAUCUUUGUAGAGCAAGAGAGAGAGAGAGGGGAGAGCGCGAGCCGAGUGCGCGUGGCGAGUCUGGUACAAACCUGUGGUGCCUCUCCCUCUCUGCCUCCUCUAUCCGCACGCGCGCCCCGUUAGGCGGGGCUCGAGUCGCCCCCGCAAUACUCAGUGCGGCCGGCGCGGCAAGUUAUAGUUGGCCGCGCGCUCGCUAGGUGGCACUAGUCACGCGCCGCCCUUGGUGUCGGUGCGCGUGAUGGCAUUCCCUCCCCGAUCGGACAAGGGUGACAGAUAGGGCGGUCCGUUUUUAAAGGAACGAGGUCUCUUUUUAUCCGAACCGCGCCGGUAUCAAUAUCAGUAUGCAUGUAAUAAUACACCGUUGUCGUAAGUG